UCAACAAAACAAAACAUGGGAAAGUUUUAUCAAAGUUCGAAAUUCCGCCAAAUUUUUUCAUUUAUCAGAGACAUCAGAGUAAAAUCGACUCGAUCAAUCAAGUUCAAAUGCAUACAAUAGACACAUAGUUCAUAACUUUCCAAUUGUUGCAUGAACGAACAACGAAAUAUGCGCUGAGGCUGAUCGCAUCGUACGCUGUGUGACUGUAAUAUUGUGAAAAUUAACCUGAAAAAUGUCCAAAAGAAUUAGUUCAGAAUUCAAUUUUGCUCCUCAGCUGAAGAAACAUGUCGGCGAAAUGGACGUGGAAUAUGUAUGCGCUCGUCAAUCUAUAUAUGACAAAACGAUCGAUUUACUUUUUAAAGCCGCUCAAAACAAACCGAAAGUCAGCUCAGUCAGGAAAUCACUGAACGGUACUUCUUGUAUUUCAGCUUGCACCGAUACUAGAGAUAACCUGAAGCAGAUGAUCAUGAAUAGCAAAUGUCAAUUGGAAACUAAGCUCUUGCAUGAUCGGCACAUGGAAGUCAGCUUGACAUCAUUCGAUAAAUGUUCAUUUUGUGAGAAAUUAGGCUGUUUUACGUCCUUACUGCAGUGCUCUAAAUGUAAAGAUCUCUUCUGCAACAAUUGCUCAUUCCCGCAAAGUACCAACAACGAUGGAGUUUUGUGUUUAUCCUGUUUUAAUUUUAAUUGAAAUUCAGUCCCUCAGCCUGCGUGUCUAAUUUUGUUUUCCAAUAUUCAUAAUAAUUUAUCGUAUUUAUAUUUUAAUUGAAAAUUUGUUACCCUUAAUCUAUUUAGAAAUUUAUAUGUAGUUCGCUAGUAUUUGUUAGUAUGGCAUCCCGGAGAUGAUUAUUGUAUUCAUUUUACGUUAUCACGUCAACCUUCCAUUUUGUGACAAUUUUUUAAAACUUUUCUCAGUAUAAAGAAUUUUAAGGAGCUGCAAUAUCGUCUUUCAAUUAAUUUUGAAUUAGACCAAUAGAAAUAUCAAUUUAAAAAAUGUAAUUAUGGGUCCUAUUGAAAAAGGUUGUAAUCAAUAAUAGCAUGUAAGCUAACUUACGUAUUUAUGUUUUGAAUAAACUAAU